AGACAAAUGAUUUUGCAGGGAGGGUGACUGACACUUUCAGAAUGGAGUUCACAAACCUUCACCAUGCUAUUGUGUUUCGGGAUUUUAACGAUCAGUUCUCAACAAUUAAGAAAACUAUCCAUACUGGAGUGAAGAUGUAUGAUGACAAUAGAAAGAAAGUUGUACACAGAAGCUCUGCUGAAAUACAAUGGUGCAUGAAGAAGUUCGAUGAUUACAAUGGACGGCCAUUUGAUCCAAGCAUUGAUAUCUACACAACUCUUAUAAAUGUCAUGAGCGAAUUGUUAGCGUCUACUCGUUUUGAGGACAACGACCCUAAAUUGAAAGAUAUCAUUGAAUAUCAACAAGCGAUUUCGGAUAUUACAUCAGCUGGCUCAGGAGAGGAACUCGACAUGUUUCCAUGGUUACGUUAUUUUGGAAACACAACAUUCAAAAAGAUGGAAUUCUUUGUGAAAAUGAGAAAGCAGAUCAUUGGGGAAUGGAUUGAGGAACAUAAGAAAACUUUCAACAGAGAUGAUAUCAGGGACCUCACAGACACUGUACUUAAAGCACGGAAAGAUGGAGAUGAUACACUCAGUGAUGAUAUUAUUAUGCACUUAAUUGAUGAGAUGGUUGGUGCUGGCAUUUUGACGACUCAAGUUGUAAUUUCCGCCUUCCUCCAAUUGAUGAUACUUCACCCUGAGGUACAGACCCGUCUACAGUGUGAAAUUGACUCUGUCGUUGGGGCAUCUA